UUCUUUGAAUGUCGCGAUUUCUGCGAAAUGCCAGCUCACCUCGUCAUCUGAUAACGUUAGUGAAACGAUGUGCUGUAGCCGAUUGUGUGCGAAAGUGAACGAACGUUGUCGCUUCGAAAUUGCUUUGGUCCUGAUUCACGAUUCAGGCCCGCGUCAAAUUAAGAACAUCCAAUUGGCGAUUCAGAAGACAUCUUCACUAAAUUACAAGGUCUUCUAUGAUCAGACCGUCAAACCUAAUUUGAGACAAAUGCAUCGGUGCGAAAUGCAGCAGGGUCGAAAUUGCAUCCCUCGUAUUUCUUCAAAUUAUUCGCCUGGCUUCUUUAAACGUAUACCUCCUCGAAGUGCAACGCUCAUGCCACUGUUGGGUUACUUGAAUUAA